CUAGGGAUGACUCACUGCUGAAAACGAAAGUAAAUUUUGAAUCUUAAAACUCUUCUUUCAUAUUUUCCUGUGCUGCCGGCACUUUUUGUGUUUAAAAUGGAUCCAUCCAUGUUGUUGGGAUAGCCAAAGCAGUUACCCGGCUGCUGCUUCUGGGAGCCAGGCAGAGGCAGAGAUUGAAGAGCCACCCGAUAAACUCCCCCGCGACUCCGCUAGAAUGUCGACAAUACUUUAUAAGCAGUCUGUGUUGAGGAGGGCUGAGGAGCUAAAAGAGAGAAGCUAUUUGGGUCUUCCAAAUCAGCUGCUGCCCACUCUGGAGGAGCUAAGCACAGCGGAGUUGAGGAGAUUUCAGAUUUACCUGACUGGUGGCCAGCUGCCUGGCUUGCCUCCUGUCCCAGAGAGCCAACUGAAGAGGGCGUACUGGCAGAAGACAGUGGUAACCUCCCAGAAAUACAGCCCUGAGAAUGCUGUGAAGAUCACAGUGGGCAUCCUGAGAAGGAUGAACCGGAAAGAUCUCAUUGAAAAGUUAGAGAGAGAUCACAAAGGGAGCACCCAUGCUUCUGCCUCUACACUGCCUCACUCUGCUUCCUCUGGUGGGCAGUCCAGCAUCUUGACAGGUCCCAGUCAGGGAGCAGAAGGGACUUUGGACGGUGGAACCUGUCUGAUGAGAGGCUUGGAUCUCUUAGAGGUGGGGUCGGCGAGGAAGAGGAGGAGAAGGUACAGACCGAAGAUUCUGACCUGCAGUCUGAAGAAGAGAACGCAAGGCCAUUUCUCAGGGUUUGUCAUUGGACCCACAAUGCCGUCUGUCCCAAAUCUUCUACUGGAAACUCUAGAGAAGCUGAGCACAGUCAAGCUGAAGAGAUUUCAGUGGCAUCUGACUGAGGAUGUUUUGGACAAACUUCCUCCCAUUCCAGAGAGCCAGCUGAAGAACUCUGACUGGCAGGACACAGUGGAUCAGAUCAUGCAGACCUAUGGCCCUGAGAAAGCUGUGGAGAUCACUGUGGUGGUCCUGAGGUUGCUGUACCGGAAUGAUCUUGCUGAAGUCUUAGAGAGAUCUCAUAGAGGAGCCCAGGGUGCAUUGCAUGGUAAAGUUGCGGAUGACAGACUCGACUCUUUGAGGCACACCGAUCUGCAGGUUGAACAUGUGCCUGUCUGCUCAUACCGGGGCUCCAGAGAAAAAUCCCCACCUUUAAAAAAAAGUGAGACGACAUGGUAUGUCUCACCGGGCAUUCUUACACCUGCCAGUUCUACCAUAUCUUGCUCUUGCUCUGAGAGUGACCUUGAGGAGGAACCCGUCCAACUUGUUCGCAGUUCUUUUAGUGCUUUGGAUAGAGAAGCAUCGGAUACCAAAGCUGUUGACUCUCUCUCUAAGCCUGCGACUCCCUAUCAAUUUGAACCUAAAACCUGUGAUCAUGAGAACAAGGGAGCAUACUGGUUCCAGUGGCCCCAUGCAGGUCUGUUCCAGUGCAGUAUAACAGGACUAGUAUUUGAGUUGGAGGGGGAAGGAGAGGUGCUCUAUUGGACAGUCCCCUGGAACAGGAGGCUUCUAGCCCAGAGAGGCAAGAGGCCUGCAGGGCCCCUGUUUAAGUUUACAUGUCCCCAAGGAUCUGUCGGUCAGCUACACCUCCCACACUGUGAGCUCUAUGAUCAGGGUGGAUGUGAGUUCCUGUCUGUAGCCCAUGUGACUGAUGACAAAAAAGUGGAAUUUAUUGAUAACCUUGAGCUAACAGACACGCAUGUCAUAAUAAAUGUCACUGGAUUCUCUAAGUAUGUCAUCGUCAGUGAAGAAGGCAGGCCCAUCUCCCCUAUCGAUGCCCUUGUCUUGUUAUUCUACCAACUCCCAGAUGUUGACAAGAGGUCCAUCCUGAAGGUUUUGUUGCUUCCCAGUAAUGUUGUACUCAAGGAGGUACGGGAGGAAAGGAGAAGCAGCAAUGGGGAUAGAGAAAUCUACCUUGAAACAACUUCUCACUGUCAACUCACCCCGAAGCAAGAAUACACCCUCUCCACCGAUCUUACAGAUGACCAUCGAAUAAAACCAACGAAAGCAUCAUUUGUUGAUUUCCAGUCCUAUGAAAACUACAUUCCAACAUUUCAGUUGUUCAUGCAAUCGAUUGUUAAGGAAGCAAAUAUUUUUCUGAACGAAAAUGGCAGUGAUAAAUUUGUAUGGGAUGGACUUGUCUGGCUUCCAGCCUCACUAACAGAAUUCACCUCUACAGUUUUGGCCCCUCCACCUGCAACUCCUUCUAUCCCCCCUGGUCGAGCCUUCAUUACAAAACACAGAAUGGCGCUAGAGACUCGUCUGGGAGUCUUGCGACCCAUACUCCUGCGUCUCCAGCAACCGGACCAGGGGGUUCUGAUUGACGAGGAGAGGGAGGAGGUGCUCAGCAUAACCACCAAGACCCUGCAGAACCAAGCUCUGCUGGACAUGGUGAUCAGAAAGGGGGCCCGCGCCCAAGAACACUUCUACCAAGCCCUGAGAGAAGCAGACCACUGCCUGGUUGAAGACCUGGAAGAGCAGACAGCCUGAGAGGUGGCGAUAGACACAAGAAGAUCAGAGUGUAUUUAAUGAGGAGCCAUCCUGACCAGAGGUGGUUGGUGUGUAAAGUGUUAACCCCACCCAGGAUAUGACAGCACUUUCAGCAGGUUGAAUUCACUAGACACCAAGUGGACUGAAAUAGGAGGAGGUGAUAUAGAAUUUUGUUAUCAAUUUACAUACAUUUCAAUUAUCCUACUCGGUCUGCAACCCAGAGUGUGUAAAGUUCUGGUUUAAAUGAAACAGACAGAAUUCCCAGCUCACAAUUAGUCAAAUCCAAGUUUAUUCACGAGAGCUCUACCGUGCAUAUACAAAGAUGUUCCUUUUAUAACAUUAUUCUUUAGCUACGCACACACAUGCACACUGACAUUAGGAUACUAUCUUCUUCUCCUGAAUUCUCACCACAGUUUAUCACUACCCAGCUGACAGUUCCAGUCCCCCCAGAUAAGGGAAACCUGGAGGGGUACUCCCUGUCCUAUCCUAUCUCCCCAGUUAUAGCCAGGUCGGUUCAAACAUAGGUUAAGGAUUCUCUUUUUUUUCUUUCGGCAAACACAUACUAUUCCUCUCUUCCCCAGUCCAACCUAGUUGGACAUAUGUUUAUUAUUUUGAAUUACUCCUUGUCCCUGCUACAUAACCUCUAAUCCCUAAUGGUUAAGUUUCCGGGUAGAAUUAUUUAAUCAUUUAUCUUAAACCUUAUAAAUUAUUUUAUCAGGAGGGACUACCUGAACUUGUCCAAUAAGAAAUGCUUGUUUUCAUUUUACGUUGCAAACAUUUUGCUACAGAUUGCACUAAUGAAUACCACCAAGUUGUUCCAGUUUAAUGUUAAGUUGAUACAAGACCAAAGAAAAGGGCAAGGUUAAGUUACUGUGUGGGGCGAUCGUCCACCAAACAACCUACCUCUGCUACACAGGUGCAUUGGUUGUACUCUAGCUCAGGGACUCAGAUUUUCUUAGUGGUGUGACAGAAUUGUUCAUAUCUCUUUAGUGUAUAGAUUUAUAGAACAUUAUUUUUCAUGUGCAAACAUGACAUGUUUUGAUCUGAUCUACAGUAUUGCGAUGGAGAAAUGUUUUUUAUAUUUAAAAAUGUCUGUAAAUGCUGAAGUGUAUACAUACAAAGGUAUUUGUAUUGCAUUUUAUACAUUUUCAUGUAAGUUUGUAGUCUUUUGUGGGGUACCCCAGGUUAGCCACCAGGGAGAGACGUGUUGAGGCCUGGUGACAGAUGGGAGUCUACAUCACACAGCGAUGGCUCCCUCUGCUGGAUAUGCCAGGUCUCGACUGGGUCUCCGGCCAGGACUAAUUGGGGCUGAUUAUGCUUGGUGAGUAAUCAAGGGGCUGAUUGCUCACCAGCUGGACGAGUCCCAUUAAAGCUGCCAGAAGGGCAUCACAUGAGAGUGGGGACUGUGGAAGAGAGGUUACUUAAGCGAUAAGGCCCGAGGGGGGUGUGGUUAUUGGCCAAUAUACCACGGCAAAGGGCUGUUCUUAAGCACGACGCAACACAGAGGGCCUGGAUACAGCCCUUAGCCGUGGUAUAUUGGCCAUAUAUCACAAACCCCCGAGGUGCCUUAUUGCUAUUAUAAACUGUUCAACGGAAUUAGAGAAGUGAAAAUAAGUGUUUUGUCAUACCCGUUGUAUAUGGUCUGAUAUACCACGGUUGUCAGCCAAUCAGCAUUCAGGGUUCAAACCACCCAGUUCAUAAUCCUGUAUAGUCGUGCUCAGUACCAGAGAUAACGGAGGGAGCUUGGUUUUGUUCCCCAUAGGAUACAGCAAGAUCCCGGAGCCCAGAAAACAGUAUCCUGGAGGAGACCUAUUCUUUUCUCUUUGUUUAUUAUUUAAAUGAACACCCUUGAAAUUUU